AUGGCCGACUUCUUCACCCUACACAUGGCUCCUCUCCUCCUAGGGUUUUUGAUGUUCUCCGCCGCCAUUACCGGCCAACUCGGACUACCGGACGACAUUGCGUCGAAGCUUCAGAAUGACAGCCGGUCCAUCAAUUCCACAUCUACAGAUUAUGGCCAUAUUGUCCAACAAUUCGCAGCCGCAGUUCUCUAUCCAAACUCAACAAACGACAUAGCAACGUUAUUGCAAUUCGCCAACAAUGGCUCUACACCUUUCGGCAUAGCCGCCAGAGGCCAGGGCCAUUCCGUUCACGGACAGGCCCUGACCCAGGGCGGCAUUGUCAUAAACAUGACAACUCUGAGCAAUAUGGGGUCGAGAAUUGUGGUCUCGGAGGACACUUCUUUGGGUUCAUAUGCUGAUGUUGGUGGUGAGCAGCUAUGGAUCGAUGUGUUGCGUGCAACACUUGAUCGUGGCCUUUCACCGGUUUCGUGGACGGACUACCUCUACCUCAGCGUUGGUGGAACGCUCAGCAACGCCGGCAUUAGCGGUCAAACGUUCCGUUUUGGUCCUCAGAUCACCAAUGUGUAUGAACUGGAUGUCGUAACUGGGAAAGGGGAUUUAAUAACUUGCUCCUCAAACCAGACAUCUGAGCUAUUCUAUUCGGCUCUUGGAGGUUUAGGCCAAGUAGGCAUUAUAACCAGAGCAAGAAUUGCCCUACGGUCAGCUCCCAAAAGGGCUAAAUGGAUACGACUAUUUUACAACGACUUCUCUGCAUUUUCAAAAGACCAAGAACAUUUGAUCUCAACCAAUAGAAUUAAGGGAAAUAAUGGCUUUGAUUAUGUAGAAGGUUUUGUUCUAAUGCAGCAGGGUCCUGUAGAUUUUUCCUUCUAUCCAGUAUCUGAUCAACCGAGAAUAACUUCUCUACUAAACAAAUACGGCAUCCUUUACACCAUAGAACUAGCCAAAUAUUAUGAUGAUACAGCUCAAAAUACCAUACAAAAGGUGGUCGGAUUAUUGCUCAAUGGGUUAAGCUACGUUCCCGGAUUUAUAUACCAGCAAGAUGUAUCCUACAUAGAUUUUCUGAACAGAGUGCAUAACGAAGAGGAAAUGCUCCGCCAACUUGGUCUGUGGGAUAUUGCUCAUCCAUGGCUAAAUCUUUUCGUACCAAAAUCACGAAUUGCAGACUUUGAUUCUGGUGUUUUCAAAGGCAUUCUUCUGAAAGAAAAGGUUCCGGCGGGACUUGUCAUCAUUUACCCCUUGAACCGAAACAAGUGGGACGAUAAAAUGUCUGCAGUUAUACCAGAGGAAAAUGUGUUCUAUGUUGUGGCGCUUUUGCAUUCAAGUGGGCUCACAGAGUGGCAGCGAUUUGAUGAAGUCAAUGCAGAAAUAUUACAAUUUUGUAAUGAUGCUGGUAUUAUGAUUAAGCAGUACCUUCCCCAUUAUGAAAUACAGCAAGAUUGGAUAGACCAUUUUGGAUCAAAAUUGCAAAGUUUCCAGAAAAUGAAGGUUAAGUACGAUCCAAACAAGAUAUUAAACCCGGGACAAAGGGUUUUCAAUGGCUAG